AUGACAGACCUAGCUAGCAGUCGCCGUCGCAGUCGCAUCGAUGAACGCAUCUUUUCGCAACACAUGGCAAUCUCGGCGCUGCUCGACAAAAGUCUAUGGACUGACCCCAGCAUAUCUCUCGUGUUCAGGCACAACGCUUCUUUUGCAGCUGAGAUCGCCCACAACGUUUCUAGCCGUAAGCGUCUCGACAUCCUUGAGAA